AUGUCAGAAAUCCAGACUGAAGCACUGAACCUAUUUCUUCACGACCAAACAAACCUUAAUAGAUAUGUUAUACAAAAUGCUAUUUCUUCAACAAAGAAACCGAAGUGGAAUUCAAACAUUCCAAAUUCAAUUGCGAACUCACAUUCGUCAUCUUCUUUGUCUAACCAGUUUAUGCAGACCAAAUUACAUCACCAAUAUGCCUUGAAUCAAAUUCGAAGUAAACAUAUUCGUGCUGAAGAGACAUUUAAGCAGUCUACAACAGAGUGGCUGGAAAACCAUAGUUUAAAGGCGAAACAGUUGACAAUACACGACUUCGUUGCGAUGGGUAGAAUUCCAGAAAGUAGAAUGCGAAAAUUUUCUGCAAUUUCAAAAAUAACAAUGGACCAAAUUGUUGACGAAUUCAAACAAAAUCCUGCAUCACAUCUGGAAUAUGACAUAAAGCAGCUCAAUGAAUUUGAAUGUGGUCUGCAUGAGUCCAUCUAUUCCUACAUGAACAGAAUCAAGUGGUUGAUGAGGGAUACUAGAAAGAUAUUUGGCUUGGUUCGCGGAGAACAUGUUGGACUUUUAUUAGAUGGUUCAGAUGCAAAUUUAGGAUUUAAUCGAGAUAAACAAUUUAAAAAGCAUUUAAUCGAGUUCAUAAAUGAACAGUUGAACGUAGAAAAGUUGAAAACAUUGUAUGUAGCAAGUUAUGGAACGCAUAUCAAUUCGUUGUGGCCAUAUCCAAUGAGUGUUAACACACGCACAAUUGAUGAAUUAAAAUUUUUUAUCAAGGAACAAUUGGUUCCAUCUGGUGGAUCAAACUUACUGAAUGGUAUAAAACACAUGAUUAUGUAUGGUAGGAAACAACUGGAUGUUAUCAUCAUAAUAUGCGGUAGUUGUCCAGAUCAGCCUACACCAUUUAUUCUUCAGUAUUUAGAGCAAAUACUAGUUGGUUUCAACCUACCUCGACUGCAUCUGGUUGCUUAUGAUUGUCAAAACCCUGAAGUGAACCAGUUAUUAGCUCAAAUGGCUACGAUAAAACGAGACUUCAUUUACCAUUGCUAUGUAUCUGACAACGAAUCAGCCGUGUACACAAGUGAUGAAAUCGCUCGUCUUUUGAAAGAAGUUCAUGAUGCACAGAUUAGACCAUUUUUUGACAUGAACUGA